GGCGCAUUGAUUCAGUGGAAAACUGGAAUCUGGAAUGUCUUGAUUUUGUGUGUCCUGUUCCUGGUUUUUUUUUCAUUAUCGUGUGUAUUUUUGCUUUCGAAAAAUGUCUUUAACCAGUUUAUUACCACAACCGAGUCAAGUAGUGUGGGACCGGGAGGAUGAAGCUCGGGAACAAAAACUUCGUCAGCGACCUGUAUCAGCUUUGGUGAAAGCUGUGGUUACUGCUCCACCUUAUGGUCAACGAAAGGGAUGGGUACCUCGAAGCGAAGAAGACUUUGGAGAUGGAGGAGCUUUUCCGGAGAUCCAAGUGGCUCAGUAUCCCCUUGGAAUGGGGAUGAAAGGAAAGGAAUCUACUAGCAAUGCGCUUGCAGUUCAAUUAGACGCCCACGGAAAAGUAAAGUACGACCUUAUAGCGAGGCAGGGUCACUCAAAAGAUAAGAUUGUCUACAGUAAAUUGAGUGACUUGUUGCCAUCCGAGAUUACAAACGAGGAUGAUCCCACUAUGCAAUUGCCUUCGACUGACAUAUCUGAAGAACUUAGUCUGAAAACUGCAAGAGCUCUGCAAAACAUCAUAGGCUCCAAAGUUGCGGCUGCUAUGCCCGUUAGAUGUGCAGAAAAACAAGCUCCUGCUCAGUACAUACGAUACACUCCUUCACAACAGGGUCAGUCUUUUAAUUCCGGUGCAAAGCAAAGAGUUAUUCGCAUGGUCGAGGCUCAAGUGGAUCCCCUCGAACCUCCCAAAUUCAAAAUUAAUAAAAAAAUUCCAAGAGGUCCACCAUCACCUCCAGCUCCAGUGCUACAUUCGCCAACGAGAAAAGUGACUGUAAAGGAACAAAAGGAAUGGAAAAUUCCGCCUUGCAUUAGUAACUGGAAAAACGCAAAGGGAUACACAAUUCCACUCGACAAACGUCUAGCUGCAGAUGGUCGGGGAUUGCAGCAAAACCAUCUAAACGAAAAUUUUGCAAAAUUAUCCGAUGCCCUCUAUAUUGCCGACAGAAAAGCUCGUGAAGCUGUGGAAGCACGUGCUCAGCUAGAGAAAAAACUCGCUCAGAAGGAAAAGGAGAAGAAAGAAGACCAUCUGAGACAACUUGCACAAAAAGCGCGAGAAGAGCGAGCGGGAAUCAAAUCUGCAACCCUUUUAGAUAAAUCAGAAGAAACGCGGGAGAGAGAUCAGCUGAGGCAAGAGCGACACAAAGAUCGUGCACGAGAAAGAAAUUUGGCGCGUGCUGCACCAGACAAGCGAUCUCGUCUUCAGCGUGAACGCGAACGCGAUAUUAGCGAACAAAUUGCCCUCGGAAUGCCGGCGAAGAAUCUUAAUUCCGGGGAAGCACAAUUCGAUCAGCGAUUGUUUAACACGAACAAAGGUUUGGACAGUGGUUUUGGUCACGAGGAUGAUUAUAAUGUUUAUGACAAACCAUGGAGAGAGAAUGCCAUCGGCUCACAAAUUUAUCGUCCUGGCAAAAAUAUUGACAAAGACAACUACGGCGACGAUAUGGAUAAAAUCUUGCAUACAAACCGGUUUGUACCUGACAAGGAAUUCAGUGGAACAGACAGAUCUAAUCCUCGGCAAGGUCCUGUGCAAUUUGAGAAAGAGGAAGAGGAAGAUCCGUUCGGUUUGGAUCAGUUCUUGACACAAGCUAAGCGAGCUAGUGGCACGAAUCCGCAAGCGAAGCGCAAGGAUGAUCGCGAUGCACGAAGAGACGAUCGGGAUAAGCGUAGAAAACAUUGAGAUUUAUUCGUGAGCAAUGCUUGUUCAUCAAUUAUUGUUUAUUCUCAAUUUAGGACGAUAUGUUCUAAGCUAGGGUAAUGACACUGUUUUCCAGAAUUUUAAGAAUCGAAUGCUAGCCAUCACAAAAAAUAGUAACCCAUGAUAAUUAUUAUGAUCGAUUGAUACUUUUUAAUUGGGCAUAGAUAUGAUCAGUGUAUGCAUUUUCUCCACAGAGAAAAUAUUUCUAGUGAUUUCCACAGUUUUUCUUUGCUUUUAAGUAUGAAAGUCUGUUCUAUUUCACAGUAUAACUAUAUAUGCAAUUGGUUGUUUUUUUAAUCGUAUGUAGGUAUUCAGAAUACACACGUCUUUUUAGUCUGAGAAAGCGAAUUGUAAUGUAAAUCAUUAAUAAAAUAUAGGAAUUGAUAUAAA